AGCUUCUGCGGCUAACUGUCAUAAAAAGCAUCAUCAGUCGGUUAUCUAAUUGUUAUUUAUUAUCAGCACAUGAACACGGUCGCUUUGUUUUUCCUGCCGCAUUACCACUGUGCCGUUUAAUCAUAUCCAAAUAACAUGCAAACGAAAGAACAGUGACUUGCAUUACUUUCCGUCAAAUCGCCCGAAGUUGACUUCUACAAUCGGCAAGCACCAAGCACAAACAUGGAAUAUUUCAGUGGUUCCAAGAAGUUACUGUUAUUUAUUCUCGAAGACUGGAAACUGCUCGUCUUUCUUACUAUUUUAUUCGGAUUAUAUUUCUAUUAUACAAGUACGUUUGACUUUUUCGAGAAGAAAGGCAUUCCAUUUAAAAAACCAGUGAUAUUUUUGGGAAACUUGGGGCCUAGAUUAAGGGGAACACAGUCAUUCCACGAAUUUCAAUUGGAAGCAUAUAAGAACUUCAAAGGAAAUCGAUAUGGUGGAUUAUUUGAAGGAAGAAGGCCCCUUCUAACAAUUAUGGAUCCAGAACUUAUAAAGGCGAUAACAAUUCGUGAUUUUGAUCACUUCACUGACCGCAUCACACUGAAUGCCAAAGAACCUAAAUUCUGGAGUCGUUCACUUCUUAACUUGAAGGGUGCUGAAUGGAAAGGUGUUCGCAGUACACUCACACCAGUGUUCAGUUCCUCACGUCUAAGAAAUAUGCUCCCACUCAUUCAAUUGUGCUCAACACAAAUGGUGGAUUUCUUAAAGCAAUAUGAUAAGAAAGAUGUUGAGAUGAAGAAAACAAUAGGGCACUUUACAUUAGAAGUAAUUGGGGCAUGUGCGUUUGGGAUCAAAUGCGAUGCUUUAUCAGACGAGAAUGCACACUUCUUUAAUGUAGCUGAAAAGUUUGACUACAUGCCUUUACACAAAAGACUGAUGUUAUUCUUUAUUUUAAUAUUUGUGCCACAGUUGAUUAAGAUUUUGAACUUUUCAUUUCUUAAUUUGACAUCGGCAAAAGAGCUUGUACGUAUUCUGAAAGCAGCAAAAGCAGAAAGAAAGAAAUCUGGUGUUAAGAAAAAUGACUUUCUGCAAAUUCUGAUUGAUUUUUCGGAAAAAGAAAGGUCUGAAUCUGAAAAAACCAAGUCUGAUAUUCAUCUAGAUGAAGACACAGUAGACGCACAGUUGCUUUUAUUUCUAAUCGCCGGCUAUGAGACGUCAAGUACUUUGCUAUCUUUUGCGGUACAUGUUCUGGCUACCAAGCCCGAAUUGCAGACAAAACUUAGAGCCCAUGUGAAGGAAAUGACUGAAGGAAAGGAAUUAGAUUACGACUGCCUUGCUCAACUGCAUUAUUUGGAAGGAUUUUUGCUAGAAACUUUACGUAUGUUCCCUCCAUUGGCGCGAGUUGACCGAGUGUGUACUAAACAAUACACCAUACCUGGAACAUCUAUACAGCUCAACCCUGGUAAUGUGGUAGCCAUACCUUUGUAUGGUAUUCACAUGGACCCAGAAUAUUACCCAGACCCGCAAGAAUUCAAGCCAGAACGAUUCAUGAAUGAAGACAAGAAGGACAGAGCCUCGCAUUUGUAUCUGGCAUUUGGUGCUGGCCCUAGAAAUUGUAUAGGUCUGAGAUUCGCCAUGUUAUCAGCAAAAUUGGCCAUGGUUGAACUUAUUAAGAACUUUAAAUUCUCGACAUGCGAAAAGACGGUUGAUCCGAUCCAAUUCGAUAAACGGUCACUGUUGUUGAAGGCGCAGGGAGGCCUGUGGGUUCGCAUUGAAAAACUCUAAUGGAGACUGCAAUAAUUAACUUUGGUCCUCUGAAGCCGCUAUCCGAUGCCUCGCGCAUGCAUAAGCUCAGUAAUGCUCAAUAAGAGGGGCAAAGUUAUCUGACGUAAGAACUACACAUUAGGAAUUAUUUAUAAUUCGAAUAUUUUUAUACGUACAAAUAAGUAAACAAUGUAAUUUGAAGUGUGCAUUUCUAGCUUUCUAUAAUUUUAUAAAGUACAAACGAAAAUAGCAGUUCCUAUAAUCGGGUUUCAUAAGAGACUUCAUAAUAAUUUAAUCGACAAUUUGUAGGCUCGUGAUUCGCGUACACACAAUAAUUUUGGUUGCGUGCCGUGCAUCGAUACAUUUGCAAAAAUGAUUAGCUUAUAAAAUACUCAUUUAAUAUUUUAGAGGAAACUGAAGUAAUAAAAUACACAGGUACGUGAUACCAUACUAUGCAAUGUACCUUAUGUAAACAACAGUAUUUUUAGAUUUUAUCUUUUUUGAAGUAAGAUCACCCUUUACUACUCAGCAAUUUAGUUAAUGAAUACUGUACCACUCCAUAUUAUAAGCAAAAUGUUUUAAUGAUAGUUUUUGUUAAGGAGAUUAACCUACAUAGCUAAAUAAUCGAAACUGGAUAUUUACUCAAUUUAUAAAACAUUGAUGUCUUUGGGUACACAUUAUUGCGAACAAAACAUGAAUUACAUAAUAGAAAUAAGUUUUGAGUUAAUUUCAAUUAAUUAGGGGGAUUAAAAUAGGUGAUAGUAAAAUAUUGUUUAGGGUUAAAGGUUUAUUUAUAAAAUAAUUUGCGUAAAUAAUAUAAAGUUACUUCCUCUAUUUUUGUUGUCUAGUAUCAGAUGUUUAUUGAACCUUCAUAAAUGCUGCUAUAAAAAAGCCUAUUGUAUCUCUGUAGAUGGGCUCUACUGGUCUAAGAUCUUGAUGUUCUGGACCAAACCUUUGUACCAUCAAUCUGAAAUAAUUAUUAAAACUUAGAAGCUUAGACAUUAUGUGAUAAAAUAGUGCCAGGUGCAUACUCAGUACAAAAAGGCAUUCGUUUUGAAUUGCACUUAAAUUAUUAUUGUUGUUAAUUUAUUAUAAAAUAUAUUUUACAUAACAAAAUGAUUCUUGCCAACUCAAAGAAUAAUGUAUUUUUAAUAAUUUAUAAUAAAACAUUAGUAAUGCA